CCCGCUACUAUGGCAGCGACAGGAAGUAUAACGUAGAAAUCAGGAAGCAGCUCGUCUGGGAGACAUUUUUAAAAGACCAUCAUGAACAAAAACAAAACAUACACUUGAAUAGAAACGAAUGGCUGCCCUACGGUGAAUAUGGAGGUUCCUUCCUAUCUGUCCAGGCUCUUGACUGAGCUGAACGAACAGCGUAAGAGGGACUUCUUCUGUGACUGCAGCAUCAUAGUAGAGGGACGUGUUUUCAAAGCACAUCGUAAUAUUCUCUUCGCCAGCAGUGGUUAUUUUCGGGCUUUGCUGGUGCAUUACCUGAAAGACAAUGGCCAGCGACACAGCACGGCCUCUCUGGACAUCGUCACAGCCGAGGCGUUCUCCUUCAUCCUGGACUUUUUGUAUUCGGGUCACCUGGACCUGCGCAGUGAAAAUGUCAUUGAAAUAAUGUCAGCUGCGAGCUACCUGCAGAUGACCGAUGUGGUGAACUUUUGUAAGGGCUACAUUAAAUCAUCCCUGGAGAUCUGUAACAGAGAGAGGGAGAGACACAAGGACAGGGAGGGUUUGGAUCAUAGUGCAACCCCAGUUUCAGCCACCAGUGCCCCUGUGGCUUCCACUUCCGAAGCCGACCAAAGGACCUGUCAGGUCACCGAAGCCGUCAGCCCAGAUGAUGCCCCAACGGCUGCUAUCUGCGCACCAGCGGCCACCAGUAGUAAAGACUCAGAAAGCGAAAACUCUCAAGGAGCAUUUCUCAACCAUCAUCCCAUGAAUGCUCCACUGAAGGUCAGUCCAGGCCCGGAUUUAGUCAACUCAUCCACCCCAGGUCUGCUUCUGGGGUUGGUGCACCCCAAAAUAGAGUAUGACCCUGAUGAAGAGGGCGAAUCUUCACGGGAAUCCAAAGAAACGACUCUUUAUCAAGGCCCAAAUCAAGAUGGAGAGAGAACAGUUAACACUAGCCCUGCUCCAAGCACUGAGCACUCCUCCGUAUCAUUUUCUAACUGUCCUAUGAAGCAGUUUCCAGAUGUGCUGUACAGAGGGGGGAUGAACCCUAACCGGGAUGAACACUAUUCCCAGAGUUUGGGGUACGUUGGAUUCGGCCGUGGUGAUGAUGGACUUGGUCCUGCCGUCCCAUGUGGGAUGGAGAUUCAGAAUGACUGGUAUGGGGAUGAUCCAGGGAGACUACACAAAUGUCCGUUCUGCCCAUAUACGGCCAAACAGAAGGGCAUUUUGAAAAGGCACAUUCGCUGCCACACAGGAGAAAGGCCGUAUCCUUGUGAGGUGUGCGGCAAACGCUUCACACGACAAGAACAUCUUCGCACUCAUGCGAUUUCUGUGCAUCGCUCCACAUGGCCCAUUGUUUGCAAAGGCUGUCGUCGAGUGUUCUCAGGCAUUGUGUCCCAGGGAAUGAAGCGUUUUGGACUUUGCGAUGGCUGCACCUUUGUUACUACAACUAAUGAGGAUCCCUCCUCCAUGAACCUCAGCAUUCAGUCUGAAGCUAUGGAGAGGGGCGCUAGAGACUCUGAUUGGCCCAUGUUUAUAGUAGAUGGGGAUGAAGCGGAGGCUAGUGCUAGACAGGAUGAUAAGCAAAAUGUUGCAAAGCAGCUUGGGGAGAAUGGCAUGGGAGGUUCAUUGCCAUAGUUGCACUUGUUUACCAAAAAAAAACAAAAAAACUUUGUGGACUUUGUGAAGUACAU